CCCAGCUUCACAGUUGGUUUCCGCUUCCGGUUCUCCCUUAUUGUUUUUCUCUCUAGGGUUUCUCUACUCUCUUCGCGCCGCGGCCGCCAAUCCGCGCCUUUUAUCGUCAAUCGGCUCUCAGAAAUCUCUCCGGCGAUCGGGGCGUCGAAGAAUCUCUCCUUAUGGACGUGCUUGCGAUGAUUGCUUUAUCGAUGUAGGUGAUACGCAUCAGAAAGUUGGACCAAUUACUGAAUUGGUGAAUCGAAGCAUAUCUGCAACAACUAAGUUUUACAAGUGAAGGAUGGCAGAUUGGGAAGAAGAAGAUUUUGAACCAGUUCCACCUGGUCUCAAAACCAAUCAGCCAAAGGGUCAGUGGGAUGAUGAAGAUAUAGAAGAAAAGGAAGAUGUUAAAGAAUCCUGGGAAGAUGAAGAAGAUACCACACCGGCACCCCAACCAGAACCUCCACUAGAGAGGACCGAACCAAAACCUGGUAGCAAAGAUGCUGGAAAGAAGGGCAAAGUACUGGAAGAGAAAAAGACUGAGGUAGCUAAUGAAGUUCUUGCAGAUCCUGUUGCUGAGAAACUUCGUCAACAAAGACUUGUAGAAGAAGCUGAUUACAAGUCAACAAAGGAAUUAUUUGCCAAGAGAGGUGAUGAAAAAUCUCUGGAUACUUUUAUUCCCAAGUCAGAGAGUGAUUUUAUGGAGUAUGCAGAGCUUGUUUCUGAGAAAAUUCGUGCUCAUGAGAAAAGCUUUCAUUACAUAGGCCUUCUUAAAGGUAUUAUGAGGCUUUCCAUGACUUCAUUGAAAGCAGCAGAUGCCAAGGAAAUAGCUUCUUCGGUUACAGCAAUUGCCAAUGAAAAACUCAAGGCUGAGAAGGAAGCCAAUGCCGGCAAGAAGAAGCAAGGGGCCAAGAAAAAGCAGCUCCAUGUUGAUAGGCCAGACGAUGACUUGGCUGCAGGUGGUUACGAUGAUUUGGAUGAUUAUGACUUCAUGUGAGUACUAGAGAGAAUUUCUUCUCCCGACUUCUUUAUCCUGAGAGACUGUAAGAGUCUGAGGUGUAAAAUGAGGGUCUUGACAGUAGUGCUUCUUGGGAGUCUCGAUUUCAUGUCUAUGGAAUAAGAAGAGGAUGUUGGGACUUGAUGACUCCUGGGGCUCAUUGUGUGUGAGAUUUUGCAUUUAAUUGUUUCUCUCGUUGCUUCUGCUCCAUAGGCUGGUUUGAUGUGUUGUAAUCAACGAUUGGUAUUUCCUAUUCAAGUUAUACAAGAGGCAGCUGGAUCUUAUGUGAGUACAGUUUCAAAUUA